CCAGCACGGGACCGGAGCUCCGGAAAAAUAAUUGUGUGCAGGGGGUACAACAGGAGGAGACGCGUGGAUCGCUGUUGCAGUUGCUGUUGGGUUGAGUGGAGAGCAGAGAGCAGAGAGCAGCGAGUGUAGAGUACCUCACCUGUGGUGGAUAUUUUUCUUCUGCUUCUGCACUAGACUAGCGGGGUAGAUUGGGUACUCCCCCCCCCCCCAACCGGUACGGGUAAUAUCAGAAGAAAAACAAGUAAAGUAAAAGUUGUGGCUAAACAUUUAGCUCGUUUUUAAGGACCAUAUUAUAUUAUCAAAUCAAGAAACAUUGAGUCCUGCAAAUAAUUGACACGAGAGCGCUGAUCUGCCACGCAGACGGAAGGAUUGAAUGUGUAUAAUACCUGCAUCCUACUGGUCUGUCCGUCUGUCUUUAUCUCGGAAAAUGGUUACAGUCCCACACAUAGACGGUAAAAUAAUGUUCCGAAGGUGCCUGGUCACGUUCAAACCUUUUAGGAUCUUUGUGGUGGGGAUCGGAUUCUUCAGCCUGUGCUUCUUAAUGACGUCUCUGGGGGGGCAGUUCUCAGCCAAGCGACUGGGGGACUCUCCCUUUACCAUCCGAGCAGAAGUACUCGGGGGCCUGGAGUCCAGAGGGGUGCUGAGGAAGAUCAGCGACAUGCUUGAAGUGAUAAUGAAGCGGAUCGACACCCUCUCGAAGCGUGACAACAUGAGUGACACUCGCAUACUGGACGAGCUGAGCUCCUCCAUAGACAGGUUCCAGCCGGCCGGUCUGAUCGAGCGAAUCCAGGCGAUUGCGCAGAACGUAUCUAACAUGGCAGUGAAGGUGGAGCAGAUCCUCCAGAACAGCCUGGCUGCAGGCAGAGUUAGAGAUGGAAUAGCCAAUCGCUGUGAGGCUCCUCAAGAUCCCAAAUACCCCGAAUGCAGCAGCAAACUGGAUUGGAUGAGAGCCCGCUGGACCUCAGACCCGUGCUAUGCUUUUUAUGGGGUGGAUGGCAGCGAGUGCUCCUUCCUGAUCUACCUCAGCGAGGUGGAGUGGUUCUGCCCGCCCCUGCCCUGGAGAAACCACACCACAUCGACCACCCCCAAACCCAGGGGCAAGCGGCAGGCUGCUUUCCGCACGGAUAUCGAGGCCCUGCUGGAGCAGGUGGGCACUGGGAAGGAGUCUCUGAUCUUCAUGAAGAGGCGGAUCAGGAGGCUGGCAGGGCAGUGGGGUCAGGCUGCAAACAGACUGGGGGAGAAACUGAAGAGGAGCUGGAGGGAGAGGAAGAAGCAAGUGCCUUUAAGUGUGGUAUUUUUUCUGGGUGUGCCACCAGGACGAGGAAGCUGCCCCCUGACUGGACCGUUGCCCUUUGAUCUCAUCUACACUGAUUACCACGGGCUGCAGCAAAUGAAACAGCACAUGGGCCUGUCCUUGAAGAAGCACAAGUGCCACAUACGAGUCAUUGACACGUUUGGAACAGAGCCUGCAUACAACCACGAGGAAUACGCCAUGCUCCACGGAUACCGCACCAACUGGGGUUACUGGAACCUCCACUGCAAGCAGUACAUGACCAUGUUCCCUCACACUCCAGAUAACUCCUUCAUGGGGUUUGUGUCGGAGGAGCUGAACGGGACACAGAAGGAAUACAUUCAGAGGAACAAAGUGAACAACGUGGCUGUAGUGUAUGGGAAGGAGGCCAGCAUGUGGAAGCUUCAGGGGAAGGAGAGGUUUCUGCAGAUCCUGCAUCGCUUCAUGGAGAUCCACGGCACGGUGUACUAUGAGACUCAGCGCCCCCCGGAGGUCCCGGCCUUUGUGAAGAACCACGGACUGCUGCCCCAGAAUGAGCUACAGCAGCUCCUCCGCAGAGCCAAGCUCUUUAUCGGGUUUGGGUUUCCCUACGAAGGCCCCGCCCCUUUGGAAGCCAUAGCCAAUGGAUGCAUAUUUCUGCAGCCCAAGUUUCGCCCAUCCCACAACUCCCUAAACCACGAGUUCUUCAGAGGAAAGCCCACUUCGAGAGAGGUCUCAUCCCAGCACCCCUAUGCAGAGCAGUAUAUUGGGAGGCCCCAUGUUCUCACUGUGGACUACAACAACUCCGAGGAGUUUGAGUCUGCCAUCCGAGAGAUCAUGACAACCAAGGUGGAGCCCUACCUGCCCUAUGAGUACACAUGUGAGGGGAUGCUGGAGCGAGUACACGCCUACAUCCAGCACCAGGAUUUCUGCAACCCAGGUGUUUCCAUCGGGAACGAUUCUAAAGUCUUGCCUGGGAACAGCUCCAGUCACUUUGUCCGUUUGCCGAACUCCAGCGGCCUGACCUGGUCUGGGAGCGUGGCUGGCCCAUCCACCUGGCCCCCACUGAGUGCCAUGAGGCUGCUGCUGUCGGAGGAAGGGCAGUCCUGCAUUGAGCAGUGCCAGGACCACAGCCUGGUCUGUGAACCCACCUUCUUCCACUUCAUCAACAGCAAGGAGGCUUUCACCCAGCUCCAGAUCCAAUGCGAUGCUCUCGAGUCUGAAAUGAAUCACAUCUACCCAGCGUUCUCCUUUAGCAGGCGGGACUGCUGCCUCCAGAAGGAGCCUUUGCUGUUCAGCUGCGCCGGGUUCCACAGCAAAUUCCGGAGACUGUGCCCCUGCAGAGACUUCCGCAAGGGCCAGGUGGCGCUCUGCAGGGACUGCUUAUGAUGGAACCUCUGAGAGCAGGGCAGCCCUGCGACACGGGGCUCCUGGACAGCUCUGAACCCCUGAGAGCAGGGCAGCCCUGCGACAAGGGGCUCCUGGACAGCUCUGAACCCCUGAGAGCAGGGCAGCCCUGUGAUACAGGGCUCCAGGACAGCUCUGAACCCCUGAGAGCAGGGCAGCCCUGUGAUAAGGGGAUCCUGGACAGCUCAACUCCUGAGAGCAAGGCAGCCCUGUGACACAGGGCUCUUGGACAGCUCUGAACCCGUGAGAGCAGGAGGGUCUGCAGCUUUAUGAGACCUUCACACAACUUGACAAGCCAACCUGAAGGAAACAACAAACCUAUGAUGUCAUCACACAGCUGGUUCCUCCACCGUUUCAGUCCCAGCCCUGAGUUCCAGCAAUAUAACUAUUAAACACUAUUGAAGAUGGAUACGACUUGGGCAUGAUCAGAGCUGCACUGAUGCACACUGUCCCUGCCCACAAAGGCUAUCUGACCCUCAGGGACCCAGGCAGCUGCAGGAACCCCUCCUGGAAGCAUUACAUAGGAAACAUCACUUUUUCAUUAUCAAAGAAGGAGCACUUUGUUACUGUAAGGAAAGGGGUUGUGGUACAAUUUAACCCUUACAGGCUGAGAGAAGAUAUUUUUUGAAACUGCAUGCUGUCUCUGAAUUGAACUGAAGGAGUUGGAAUCUCGGGUUGUGCAGAACAAAAGGGAACAAAUAUUAUUAUAUAAUUUAAUUUACUUAA